GUUAAUCUCUGAUUUUCAGACAAACACUUUCCAUCAUAUACGUCUCCUCACACUGCAACAUUAUCUUCAUGAUUUAGCAUACAUGGCAAAAAGAUCAGAGGUCUCUAUAGCAAUGUCGGUUGCACCAUUUGAGAGCACAGCAUCGUUGACUAGUGACAUUUUCUAUGACAUAUUGAGGCGCCUUGAUGGCCCAACUUUGGCCAGUGCUGCAUGUGUCUGUGCAGCUUUUUGUUCAAUCUCAAAAGAAGAGACACUAUGGGAAAAUGCAUGUUCUUCAAUGUGGCCAUCAACCAACAGCGAAGAUGUAAAAAGUUUGAUAUCAUCCAUUGGUGGAUUCAGAAAGUUCUAUGCAGAUUGUUUCCCACUUAUAGUUAACAAGGAAGUAACUGAGUAUCAAUGGGAUGAUUAUCUUGACUUCCCUGAAGAAUGGAAUGAAGCUGAAUACUAUGGUGACACUGAUGAGCUUGAAAGUAUUUCUCCAUCAGAUUUUGUUUCCAUAGUGGAUAUUAGGUAUAAAGAUAAAACAAUAUGUUCAAAAGUCCUGUGGGGCAUUCCUAAUGCAAAUGGAUUCAAUGGUUGGUUUUACAACUGUCCAUUUCGGAUUGAUCUUCUGAACUAUGCUGCUAGAGAGAAUAACAGUGAAGAAGAAGUUACCCUUUCAGUUUCUGAUGGUCUGCCUUCAAUUGCAUCUAUGGAAAGAGAAAGAAAGGAUGGGAAACUAUGGAGAGAGCUCCGAGAUGGACUUCGGCUUAGUUGGAUUGUUGUAAACAAAAAUGUAAAACAAGCUGCUAAUCUUGCCAGUUGGUGCCCUCUUAGUGGGCAGAGGCAUUGGCCAACAGAAAAAGAUUUUUUAAUACGGUUUGGAUCAGUUCUUCCUGCGAAAGACAUCCUUCCUUGCCAAGUAGUAGAGUGCAACCUUAUCAUGAAGUUUAGGGUCAUACAAACCGAGGGAGAGGGCGCAGAAACGACUGUCAAAUUGACAGAGCUGAGCAUGCAGUUGGAAGACAUGGAAGGUGCUCAUGUUAAUGGAAGAAACAGUUUGUUUAUUCUUAAGAAAGCCCUGAGUUGCAGGCGGAGUAAAAAUUACAGUGAAGCUCUUGAGUCAUGCCACCUGUACUCGAAAGUGCAAAGCGAGUUGAAAGAGGUGAAGAUGAGAAAUGAAAACAGGUUAGACCGACUCUGUAUCUUAAGUGGCAUUGCUGCAUUCAUCACUUUCUGUUAUUACAUUUUGUAAACCAAACUGAGUUGCUGUUUUGAUUUAAAAACUUAGUUGAGGUGAACUAACAAGGUUUAACUUCAUACUUUUUGAUGUAAACAUUCUUUUUUUUGCUUCAAGUGAUAACUACUAAUAAAGAAGGAUGAUUCUC